UUCCAGGAAAUGACGUUGAAAAGUAGAGCGCCUCGAUACAGCGUGAAACCGGGAACAGCUGAUAACACACUGCAGUAUAAAGUAACCCCGGGAGCCGCGUCCACACCACAGUUCCUACAAUAUCUGAGAUACGUUAUUUUCUUAAACAAGUGCAAGAUGUUUCCGUAUUUGGCAUCAGCUUUUGUCUUGUGUUCAUUCAUAGUUGCGUCAAACGGCGAACCCUUUUGGAGCUUCGUCAACCUGACCUCGGGAGACCAGUACUGUCCUCAGGGCUACUCGCUCGUGGGGAGCCAGUGCCUCAUGUUCGUCACCUUCGCCGAAGAGAGCCACAGUGACGCCAGACAGGUGUGCCACGCUGCUUCGGGAGAACUGCUCGCUAUCACUUCGCCAACGCAGUUUAAGGAAGUUGUAGAUCAUCUUUAUGCUUACGGUUACACUGGACGGCAAUUCUGGCUGGACGGCUCGGAUGCGCAGGCGGAGGGCAACUGGGUGACGUCUUCCGGCCAAGCAGUGCCUCGAGGAACUCCCUUCUGGGCGGCCUUCCAAGAUUUCCAGCAGCCUGAUAACGAACACGGAGGAGAACAUUGUCUCGAGAUGGAGUCUUCCGAGUUCUUCUACUUGAACGAUGCCGUUUGCGAAGACAAGAGCAACUUCAUAUGCCAGUACAAGCCGCAGAGGCAAGAUGAGCGAGACCCAGCCCCGCCCACCCAAGCUCCAGAAGAGGCAGCUCGCGAGGUCCACAGCGGCCAGUGUCCGACCUUUUACGCUGAAGUCGGGGGCCUCUGUCUGAUGUUCGUCACGUGGGCCGAGCAGACCUGGCACGAGGCACGGCAGACCUGCGGAGACUCGAGCGACCUGCUGGCUGUCACUGAUGCCGAGGUCCUGAGGGCCGUGUACCUCUACUUGCACGAGGAAAAUAUAGCAGCCCACAGUUUCUGGCUGGGAGGUUCCGAUUCCACUGAAGGGCAUUGGGUCUACACCACAGGAGAGUCUGUCCCAAUGGGCACACCUUUCUGGGGUCUAUAUCGUGGAGACAGUUCUGUUCAGGAACCCCAAGGAGGAACCGGUGAGAACUGCCUGAUGCUCCAUGCUCCGGGUUCUCACUAUUUCCGGGACGUGGCCUGUUCUUCUAAACUGAACCCUCUGUGUGUUUAUCGUGGGUAAUCACAGCCUUACGUGUUAUAAGAGAGAGAGAGAGAGAGAGAGAGAGAGAGAGAGAGAGAGAGAGAGAGAGA